AUCUCUUCCGUCCAUCCACACCGAGAAAGGAAAAAGAUACGGAGAACAGAGGAAGAAACAAGAAAUAUAUAUCCAUGUUGCAGCGAACGGCCUCGGCGUCGGCCGCCAUGGUGUCCGGCUACCGGCAGAGGGAAGCCGUGGGUGCGUGUACAGAGAGCCUCGGGUCGGAGAGCGGCGACGUCGGCGGGGAUAUCGAGCAGCUCCCGGCCGUCGUCGGCGCCGGAGCAAACGAGGACGGGCACGGCGCGGGAAUGGUGGAGCAUCAGGAUUUGGCGGCGAAGAGGCGGCGAGGCGACAGGCUUCUCCCUCCGGUGAUGCCGAGGCCGGCCGAGGCGUUCAUGCGCGCGGAGCGGCGUGGCGGGCGGCUCAUCCUCACCCAGGUGGUGCGGCCGGUCGAGCGGCCGCGGGAGGUGUUCUGUGCGUCCCGCGCCGACGGGCGCCUGCGCCUGCGCUUCGCUGAAGAAGACCGCUUGUACGGCGAGGAGCGCCAAGCGCCCGAAUCAGCCGAGACGGAGAGCGGGGCCCUGGUCGGUGGCUGCGGCAACGGCGUGGGGUUGCGCCAGGCGGCCACCGGCACCGGGAGGCGCGUCGAGAUCGGCGCCGUGAUGGGGAUAUGAUCGAGGCCAUGAGGUCGGCCGAGUCGUGCCUCGAUUCGAAUGCGGCCGCGUUGCUGCUGGAGUAGUACUCCUUCCGUUUUUUAACUAAAACUACGACGAGUAAUUUGAAACGGAGGUAGCUAAGCUGCAUUUUUGGAUCUUCAUUUUCUUGUUCUGUUUAUUUCCGAGUGAUUUUGCUUGAUUGCGAAAGUAGGAGGUAGAUGUAGUUUUCAGAUCUUAUAGUUGUGCAGAUUCAGAUUUGUGGGAGAGUGAUGAUUGAUUGUUUCUGUUAGUAAUUAAUCAAUUAGAUUAAUUAAUUGUAAAUCCAUGCUAUGUCUGUGGUUAUGUUUUGGCAACCGCCUCCUUUGUAACCGCCUUGUAAUGAGGGUAUUAAUACCCCAAUCUUCAAUCAAUGCAACAAUUGUUCCAUCA